UGAAAGCAGAAUCAUUCGAGUUUAUAGAUUGCAAGAUAAAGGUUAAGAUAAGUUUGCAUGAUACAACACUCAUUGUAACAUGUUGAAUAUUUGCAUUUUUGUAACUGUGUUUGUGAAUGUAGUUGGACUUAACAGUUAUGUUUUGGCUCAGUCAGAACCCGUAGAUGUCACAAUACGGGAUGCAGGUACAAAUGGCGAAUUUCGAGGUAAUCAGGCGAUCAUGCCAGACUGGAUGCAGAUCACUCUUCACAGAGCAGACGAGAAUGUGUUGCUGUUGAUGGAAAGGAACAGGAACAUACAGUCAGAUGUUCCUAUAUCUGUGCACAGAAAUGGAAGAUUAAUCUAUCAAGAUAUCAAUGAUACGGAGGCUGUGGGAUAUUACCUUUCGCUGGAACCAUAUGCGACUGUCAUGGCAACAAAAAUUAAAGAACAUGUAUCUUCGGCAUUGAAGUUGACAGGCGAUGUAAAGUUACAGAACGUUAUAUACCGUCUAGAAUAUCAUGACAACACACAGGAAUACAGACUUUCAAUGCUUGGAGAGAGGUCUUUCAGAAGGAAUGAUUUUGUAAUCAGGUCUGACAGCAAAAUGACAGAAAUCACGAAACCUGAUUUAGACGGAUUUUUGAGGGCAGAAGAGAGAAUUUACAAACAGUUGUAUGAAAUAGAGGUUCUAGCCGUCGCUGAUUACUCAGAAUAUAAGUUUUGGCUUGAUGUAGUUUCCAAUACGUUCAUCAACAUGCCAUUUAUAUAUCGUGAUAUGAUCGCAAAAGAAAAACUGAGGCAAUACAUCGCCUUUGUCUUGAAUGGCGUUGAUUUACGAUACCGAAGCAUUACAACAAGGAACUACAACAUACAGAUACUGUUUACUGGUCUAUACCUCGCUGAUAUAAAGGAAGCCUCGCCUUGGACAGAAAAUAGCAAACAUCAGCUAACAGGUGGCAUACAAGUAGAUUCCGACACAGUUCUAUCUGCAUUCAGUGAUUGGUCAGAGGAAUUUAAAGCCUAUCUCUCUGAUCACGACCAUGCUAUGCUGUUUACAAAGUAUGAUAUAACAAGAAAUGAAAAUGGUGCUCUCAAUAGAGACAUUGUGGGCAUUUCGUCUGUAGGAGAUAUCUGUCUAGCAAAAAGACAGUCUGUGAUAGAAGACAAAUUUGGCGAGGAUGUAUCUCUGACAGCUGCCCAUGAACUAGGACACAACCUUGGAGCAGAUCAUGACGGGAAACAUGGGUUCUGUCUGGAAGAAGACGGUUACAUUAUGUCACCAGUGAUUAGACAUGACAAGCCAUCGCGCCGUAACCACUGGAAAUUUUCAGCAUGUUCACAAUACUACUUCUUCAGAAACAUCAAUGAUCUGAAUAGACUAGGGCUUAACUGCAUGUCUACACGGGGAAAUAAUAUCAAUCUGUUGUCAGAAUACAAUAACAAACUUCCGGGACAAAUAUAUGGUCCGGACGAACAAUGUGAAUACAUGUAUGGGAAAGGCUCAUAUCUAUUUCGUUACGGAUACAAACUGAACUACACGAGUAUAUGUUCCACUUUGAGAUGUGUCGAUCCGGAUGAAAAAGGUUAUCACUUUAUUACCGACACUAUGGAAGGAACACCGUGCGGAAAGGGAAAGCUGUGUCAUGGCGGGUAUUGUGUGGAAGAUGCGAGAGCUAGUACCGACAUCAAAGAUGAAUGUCCAUUUGGAGACUCUCCGGAAAUAUACCCAGGUUCUAGGACAAAAUGUUCGGACAUCCUAUAUGAACCACAAUGGGACGCGUACAUUAACUGCCAAAGCAAUAGGUACCCGUGUUGUGAGACCUGCUCCAAUCUUUCUUUUCUUCCUGCAAUGCCAACAAGCACAACAAAAAAUAAACAAGGAACAAGCACGACAAUGGAUCAGAUAGGAAGCCUUCAGCCUUUAGUUGGUGAAUGUAUUACAAGUUGUAAAGGUGUAAGAGAUGGAGAGUACCAGUCAUGUAGAGGUUGUCACGUGUAUGCCUCUUGCUAUGAUAACGUACUUAUGGAUGGAAGACCAUGUCAGCUCAACCUUUUUUGGUCAGAUGACUUGAAAAGAUGUGAAUAUUCUUCAAACACAUGUUGAAUGUUACAGUAAUUAUGUUACAACAUUAUACAAAGACAUUUAAUUCAGAUAUCAAACGGCAACGCUACUUCAAGAGUAUGACUAUAUCUACAAACAUGGAACUUUUACUCCACUCUAACAGUAAGAUUAUAUAUCGGACAUAAAACUUCUACGCCAUAAAUGUUAGACAUCUUCGUCACUUCAACAGUAUGACUAUAUAAACUGACAUGAAACUUCUACGCAACGCAUGUUAGACUUCUUCUUCACUUAGAAAUUUGAUUAACAAUACAGUUUAAAAUGGUUAAACAGUAAAAUGUAGUAUUAAAGUUUUUUAUUGAAGUGCACCGAAGAUUUGUUUACA